AUGGAAGAAAACAGUAAAAAACGAAGUAGAAAAACUAAAUUAGUGCCGCGGCAGUAUUUAGAUUCCGAUGACGAAAAUAUAGCUGCUAUGCAGCAAGAAAUUGAAACGGAGUUAGCAAAUUUAAAAAGGCAGUCGCUAUUGAAAAAAUUGAGCUCCAGCAGUUCUCAAUGUAAAAAAGACCAACAGUUCUCUGUUAAAGUUGAAAUCGAAGAAUAUGAUGAAGAAUUGACUGAUGAAGAAAUCUUUUCUUCGACUAACAAUGAUCCUGUGCCUGUAAAGGAUGAGGAAGUAAUAUCACUUGUUCCCACAGUAGUAAAUCCAGGAAAUUCAGAAAUUGUACGAGACAUUAACAUAAGAAUUGAAUCAGUUAGAAGUCUUCAAAACGUUGAUAAAAUAGAAGUGACAUGCUAUAAAAUAACAAAAAUUAUGAUUAAAAAAGAAUUUGAAAUCUUCUCGAAAACUACAGUUAGUUAUGCUGACAAAUUACUUGAAAUCCACAUGAGGAAUUAUUUUGGACAAGACAUCUCUGAAGUUAAACUUAAUAAAACAGAAAUAAAGAUACAAGAAGCUAUAACGAAAUGGGGAGCAUGGAUGACCUGUUAUCCAUUAGUUCGAGACACACCGUUAAUGUAUGUUUGUUACAUAUGUGAAAUGGCAUGGUGGUAUUUACAUGAUUUGAAAGAACAUAUAAAAUACCAUGAUAAAUUUGGGAUAGUUUUAUGUACUGAAGGUCAUAAUAGCUAUAUUGUUGCUCGUAAUAAUAGAAAAAUGGGAGAUUGCAAUGUACCCAUAGAAAGUAACUGUUGGAGAUGCGGUAAAGAUAUAUUGUAUCACAGACACAAUUCCUUCAUAUGUGAUGGCUGCGACAAAUCUUUUCAAACAUGUUUACUUUUAACCAUGCAUGAAGGGUAUUGUGAAGGGAACAGGAAGUUUUAUCAAAGAGCCUCCAAGGAUAGAUAUCUAGAAUUUAAAUGUCCGGUUUGUCCGUGGAAACACUGGAAAGAGGAGGAAUUGCUACGACAUCAAAACGGACUUCACUCGGUUAGAUCAGAUCUUCCCGUGCCUUUGAAACCCAAGAAGUGCGGGAAGUGUAAAAAAUAUAUCCACAAUUACAAUGUACAUGAUUGCGUAACCAAGCCUUUGAAGGAGUCCUGUGGGUUUUGUUUUAAAAAGUUCCAAAGCAAACCUAACUUGUUGUUACAUUAUUGGAUAACACCUAACAAUUUUAAGUGUAGAGUCUGCGGAAAACUUUUAAAGAAGGAUUGUGUGGAGUUCAAGCAUCUAUUGGAGCAUACAGAUAACUAUAAAUUGUUGUACAUGUGUUUGGUAUGCAAAGAUUCACUAUGUUUUUUUGAUCUGCACUCGGCAAAGAACCACACAAGUAAAUGUCAUAAUAAUAAAGAAAAAACAAAUGAAGAUUACUGUCCGGUGGUGAUACCUAAGAGUCUUCUACAAAUAGUGGAACCAAUGAAAGUUUUUGUACCUGUCCUUGAAGAAAAUGAUACAACGCAUGAAGACCAAGAAGUUGAUACCGCAUUCCAAGGCCUUUUUCGAUAUUUAAACAAAAACGCUGAGCAGAACACGCCACAGAACAACGAAACUGUAAACCAAAAAAAUAAAGACCUUCAAAAUAAUAUUCAAAUAACAAUAAUAAACAAAAAUACCGUUCGAAAGAUAAUGAACAGUGUUGAGAGUAAAGAAAUACCAGAGAUAAUAAAAAAUAUCAAAAAGGAAAAUAUAGAUGAUGUAAACAACAGUAAUGAAACUACAUUGCAAGCGCAUAAUUAUAACAAUAGCUUGCACAUUAACAAAAAUAACGAUGGUCUGCAUAAGACGUUGAAUACUUAUAGCCGGACUAAAAGCAAAAAAAAUUUACAAUUAACAGAUGUUGGAGAUGGUAUAAAAGAAGUAGUAAGCACAGAUGUACCAAAAAUUAAAGAAGAGCCCAUGGAUAUUGAUGAAAUUAACGGGAUUAAUGAAAUUAACGAUAUUGGCUUAAUUGAUAAUAAUAAAAAUAACGAUAAUAAUAUAAAUAAUGAAAUGAAUGAUGAUGUUAUUCUGAAAUCAGUGUUGCAACAUAUAGAUGAAUUACCGGUCAAUUUUGAGAUAAAGGAGGAAAAGGACGAUAUGUACGAAGACGAUAUAAUACUUUUGAAUGAAAAUGUUUUAAAUUCAACAAAAUCAUGUAAAAAAUUGCCAAGGAAAAGAAAAAACAACAAUAUUUCCAAAAAAAAAAAUAUGGAGAAAUAUAUGUGGAUAGUACACAAUCCGAAAUCCCAUUAUUCAUGCACGAAAUGCAACAAAACGUAUAUUUCAUACAAAAAGUAUUUAAAUCAUUUCGUUAAACAUGAUUACGAACCGUUAACAUGCCCAAAAUGUAUGAAGCAAAUAAAAAGUGAACUCCAAUUAUGGAGACAUGUGAAUUAUCAUAUAAAAUCUAGUUUUGUUCGUGUGCAUUCCAUCGAAAAUGAUUCAUCGGAUAGAAGUGUUUACCAGUGUAGAGAGUGUCAUCUAGUGCUCAGUUAUAGUGAUUUCUUCCAGCAUUGGGAAAGUCAUCUGGAUAUUAAAUCCGUUGAUGUAGCAACAGAACUCAGUGUGAAUAUGGAUGGAAAGCCCAAUUUGAAGGAGAUGAUCAACCCCACAAUGCCGAAAGUAACCAUUCGAAAAUAUGAAACACUAAAAAAAAAUAUCCCAGCUAAAACAUCAUUACAGCGUUUUCCUGAAUACAGUGCUCGGGCGAAUGCACCAGAGAACGCUUCAGCUCAACAAUCAAUAAGCUAUGCGUCGAUUGUUUUUGAACCUGAUGUACAUCAAGAAAAUUCUCCAUGGGACAAUUUGACUAUACAGACGGAUGUUGCAGAAGUGUCCGUGGGCUCAACUUUGAGCUUACCAAUAAAAACAAAAACUUCAACAGCUCUGAGAAAGGCUGUAGAUAACGCUUCAAAUCAAGAAAUUUUCGCCUUACUAAAAACAAGGAAAACAAAAACUGCAGCAGAAUGCAGUCGGGAAUAUAGGGCUAGGAAAAAGGCUCUAAAGAACGCUGCAAACCAAGUAUCUUCUGCGUUACCAAAAAAAGCAAAAACUUCAGCAGCACGUAGUUGUGAAUACAGAGGUCGGAAAAAGGCUCUAAAAAACGCUGCAAAUCCAGAAUGUUCCGCCAAGCCAUUAAACACAUUACCAAGAAAAAGAAAAACUGCAGCAGAAUGCUGUCGUGAAUACAGAGCUCGGAAAAAGGCUCUAAAAAACGCUGCGAAGCUGGACUCUAUAAUCUCACCAUCUUUUGAACAAGAUGCUGUUCAAAAUACAUCGGAAAUUAAGAUAGAAGUUUUACCUAAAAAUAUAAUUUGUAUCAUGCCUAAGACAUCCGAUGUCCAAUUA